UCACACAAGCCGAUGCAUUACCCAACAUGGCGGCCUCCCUUGUCAGAUUUGUCCGUGGAGGGAUCCACAAGACUUUAAACCUGAGUCGGAACGCCGCUCUUAUCCAAACGCGGUCGGAAACUACAACUACUGAAACCAAGCCAACUGUCAGACCUAAGGAUGCGGUCGCCCACAACCAGUUGUCUGCUUUUGGAGAGUACGUGGCGGAGAUACUACCAAAAUACGUUCAGCAAGUCCAAGUGACUUGCUUUGAUGAGUUAGAGGUCAUGAUCCAUCCUGAUGGAAUAAUUCCUGUUCUGACAUUUCUGCGUGACCACACCAAUGCACAAUUUCGGAACAUGAGUGACCUCACAGCGGUGGACAUUCCCACACGAACUAACCGUUUUGAGAUUGUCUACAACCUGCUGUCUCUUCGCUUCAACUCGCGCAUCCGCGUGAAGACGUAUACAGAUGAGCUCACUCCUAUCGAUUCCAGUGUGCCUGUUCACAAAGCAGCAAACUGGUAUGAGAGGGAGGUGUGGGAUAUGUAUGGUGUUUUCUUCGCCGAUCACCCAGACCUGAGACGAAUCCUGACAGAUUACGGAUUUGAGGGACAUCCCUUCAGGAAGGACUUCCCUCUCUCUGGAUAUGUUGAGGUGCGCUACGAUGAUGAGGUGAAGCGUGUGGUAGCCGAGCCAGUGGAGCUCUCCCAGGAGUUCCGCAAGUUUGACCUGAACAGCCCAUGGGAGACUUUCCCAGCCUACCGCCAACCCGCAAAGGAUGCCCCGAAAUUGGAGGCUGGAGACAAGCCUCCGACAAAGUGAUCUAUCCGUCGUGUGUUGUAUCCUACUGCUUCUCUCGAUGCAGGUAUUUAUGUAAAUAAACAAACCGGUUGUAUGUAAUGUACUUUGGUCUCUAAAAUCUUGUGGUGGACUGAAGCUCAAUAAGCAGAAUAAAGACUAUAUAGAUACAAA